AUUCAUCCAAAUUCAAAAUGAUGAAUAGUGCAUUUCGUAUUUCAAUCCAUUUGAGUCCAUUUUGAAUCCAAAAAUAUUCAUCACCCGAGAUUCUAAAGUGCGAAUUUGGAUAAAUUAAAAAGAAUGCAAUUUUCAAUUCAUUUAAAUUUAUUUUUGUUGUUAGGACGCUAAUGAUAACGAUUUUAUUAUGAUAGUCGUAUCAUCAGUGGCUGGCAACUUGAUGUCGACGACAUUAUCGUUGUGACAGUCAUUGACAGUCACUGAGACCCCGUGUUGUGAUUGUAUUUCGUAAUCGUGUUUAGAAUCUUUCUAGAGUCAUUCGAAUCAUUUUGACAAAAAAUACGCAGUUGUCUUUGUGCGUUUCUUGUCUUGUGUGCGACGUAUUUGCACGUGUAGAAAAAUGUGCACGUUUUCAUAACCAUGGUCCAUGCUGUCGGCUUUUUCCUGCAGAAACGGUGAAGCUCGUCGUAUGGGGUUAUGUCGUGGAAAAUGAUCCGGAGCAAUGUGUCCUACAAGAUCGUCACGGUGCUCGCGGUGAUACUCGAGAUCUCGGCGACCAAGCAUUGGUACGUCACGGAAAAUGGGAGAAUUCAGCCGCAGCAUGAUAGUGUUUUUGAUAUGCGCCGACCAUAUGAUCUGUUGGGAUUCCUGGAACAGGAAAAACGCAGGGAAACGGCUGAUGUCAUAUAUAAGAAAAUCUCCAGGAAGGAAGUGUCCAUUGACAAUCAGUUUGUUGGUCUGGGCAUGGCCGAUGCAGAAAAUUCAAACUCUGACUGUUUCUCAUGGGACAAAUCUUUGGCCGAUGUCGAUGUAUAUGCCAGUAUAGUGAUUGAUUAUAGGCUUAAAGAUGGAAUAGACGAAACCGAUUAUAUGUUAUAUAAUGUGGUGGCUAAUAGUAAACAAACUGUUCCGGACUGUCGAAGAACAUUUCCAUUAGAUUUCAGUAUAUACACAUUUGAACAUCUUAAAGCAAUGCAGAACAGAAAGAAUCUAACUCAACGUGAAGAGCUCGGUUUAAUGAAGUAUCUACCGUUGAACAUCGAUCUCAAUCAAUUUGGCCACCAACUCGCUUACAGCUUAUCUCGCAAUAAUACUUCCUGGAUAUACUUGAAUCUAGCAUCGAUUUAUUGGCGGAUCAGGGGAAACGCUUAUAAUGCUUUAGAGUGCAGUCGUAGAGCGAUUGUACGCGCUCCAAGGCAAUAUCGCGAUAUUCCUCUUCUGACUACCGCCGGCAUUUUACACGCUGCGAGAUAUUCCGGCGAGGCUGCAAUUAUUUUACACGCAGCAAUAGAUCAUAAUCCAACAGAGAGUCAUCAUCAUCUGGCGCUGGGCCACAUUUACACAUCUCUUGGCGACUUCGAUCGAUCUGCAGCGUGCUAUGAUAACUGUUUGAGAUUGGCACCCGACACAUUAGAGGCCAAACAGAUGAAAUAUGCCAUAUUAUGUCAUCGUUUCUUGGAAACGUCUUUGUUAUUAUUCGAUCAGCGUUUACGAAACGUGUUAUCAGAAAUACAUGCGUAUCAUGACUGGAAGGAGGAAUGGUUCAAGCUCUACGAGCAUAUGCUCUGGGAGCAAAAUAUUAAAUCUACUACCAGGGAAAUUAAGCUUGCCUUUGCCCGAGAACAAAAUCUAGAUUUACUUGCGAUAAAUCCAGUUGAAAGGUCAAUUCAUCAUAUCGAUAAUAACAUUGUAUUAUCUUACGUGGAUUUAGGAGAUAGGAAAAAAGUAGCUGAGAACAUGCUGCAGAAUGUACAUGUUAGUCUUCACCUAUUGAAAAAUCUGCAGAAACUAGAAAAGGAACGCAGUAAUCUUAUCACAAAAGAUAUGAUGACGGAAUUAAAUGUUGAGUACAAUAAUUUAUUUGUCUCGCCAACAAAGAGUCCAAAAUAUCACAAUGUAGAAAUUAAAAAAGGAAAUGAAGAUUUUGAAGCAGACCAUUGGCCAAAGAUAUCAGACUGUGAUAGUUCUAUGCUAAUGUUUGGAGAUGGAAAGCAAUAUUUACCUAUUUAUUUAGCGCCUGAAAACAAAGGUUACGCGACACAUUUGUUUGUAAAUGAAUUGAUUGAUAUAGAACCAUGGAAAAAGCAUCCAUUACCAUGGCAUCCACCGAUAUGCCAAUCAUCUAAAUCGUUUAAUGAGCGUUAUAUUACACAUACGUUAUUAGACGCAACCAUGCAGCAGCAUUCGCCGGAUGCUUCAUUGAAACCAUUUCUACAUAAUUUGGUUCACACCGCGGACUUAGCAGAAAUUGGCCAAAGAAUUUUAACAGCAACUGAAUUGAAAGUUGCAGCUCCAUGGGUAUUGUCUAUGCUUGCAUCUUUACAUUGGAGAAUAGCGGGAAAACCUCGUUUAGCCUUGGAUUGCCUUCAAUUAGCAUUGGAAAGUGUUCCAAAAGAAUUUAAAGAUGUACCAUUAGUUAGCAUAGCUUCCAUACACCAUAAAGUAGGUUUAAUUGACGAUGCUUUAAAAAUUACGGACAAAGCCUUACGGAUUAAUGCUGUGGAGCCAAUGACUAAUUUUUUAUUUGGUAUAUUGCUGAAUAUAAAAGGAAAUUACACAGGAGCUAUACAUUAUUUGAAACAAGCAUUAAGGGUGGAUUCACAUUUAUAUGACGGUAGGGCAUUAAUGUUAUUGAAAACGUUAGCCUGUCGUGAAAAAUUUAAUGUUGUCACAGGUAAUUAUCCAGGCUGUGAAGAACAAAGAAUUAAUUUACACACAAAACACUCUACGAACCUACCUUCUGUAUUAAUUACUAAGUAUAAUUUGCAAGCGAGUGACACAUUUCUGCGUAAACGACAAGUCAAGAAUUGUAAACAUAUUAACUACGUUUCGACAAAGACAGAAGAAACAGGGAUAAAUUGUUGGAGUAAUCACAAAAUUGGAUUAUUGGAUGUAUCAUAUUACAAUAAAAAAGAACAAUCGCGCCAAGGUCUUAUACAUUCAUUAUUACUUCCUAAUAGCGCAACUAAACUACACGAACCACACGUGCAUAUGACUAGAAUUUCAGAUAACGACAUGCUACGUGCAUAUACUGACUCAUUAUCCGAUAAGAUGCCUGACAAUCAAAAAGAGUCAUAUUAUCCGAACAAGGAUGAAUGUGACGAGCUCAAGUAUGAAGAUUGGGCCGCUUCUCUAUUUGUAUUUCACAAAUUUAUACGACGAAAUGUGACCAUUGAAGAUGAGAUCGAAUCAUUGGGCGAUGAUAUCCCAAAUUUACAACCAAUAUGUAACAAAGGUAAUUCCGAGAUGAGUCGUGUAACCGAAGUAGUGCAAUUCUCGCAGUUGUUGCAAUAUAAAGCCGAACUCGAUAUGGCCGAAUGGCUGAUGAUGAUAACUGGUACGCAGAAUGACACUCUGCAUGGACUUGGGACUAAAAUUGCGUUUGCUUUGCAAAAGCAUUAUGCCUCUUGGACCUUGGCGAUAGCCGCAUCGUUUUAUUGGCGUGUGACGGGCGACAGUCGCAAAGCGUUGGAUUGUAUGUGGCAAAGCUUAGAGAAUACGCCGAAGGAUAUGCAAGACAUACUUCUUGUAAAUCUGGCGUCUUUACUUAGCUCACAGAAUUAUUUUCAUGAGGCUCUCGAGAUCGCUCAGAUAGCACUCUCAAUCGGUCCAGACUUCAUAAUAAAUCAUUACGUUGUCGCUAAUCUUCAUGCUGCUUUGGGUGAUUUCGAAACUGCCGCAAGUUUCUACAAAUCUUCACUUGAACUCGAUCCAAAUUUCGAGCCUGCUAUUACAAGAUUGCGAGUGAUAUUAUGUUUCUUGUUAUUUGACGAUAAGAAAUUCGCAAUGAGUGAAAUACUGCGGAAUAUUUUAUAAUACGACCUUUUGCAAAGUGUUAAUACGAAGUAAUUUGUGAAAAGUGCCUUUUUACAUUGUUAAUACGACAUAUGAAAAAGAAUGUACGUUACAGUAUUAAAAAAAGGAAAAAGCAAUUGUAUGUAUGUUACACUAUUAUGUGUAUCACAAUAAUUUUUAAAUGAAGAAAUAAUAGUUAGACCUAUAUCGCAGAUACUUGUUAAAUUAUUACAGAAUUUUAUGAUCUGUCAAGAUAUAUUUUCAUAUUAAACUUCUAAAUUUAGCAUUGGCGUUUCAAAAUAGACAACGGAUAAAAAAAUGAGCACAUUUUUAGAUGUAUUAUUUAAUUAUCUGUUAUAGAUAUUAUUUAUUCUCAUGAAUGUGAUAAUUUAUUGUACUAGUGAUUACGAAACAAUACGUUAUUGAAAUGUAAAACGCAUCAAAUAAAAAUGAAUUUUGCAACUUA